AUGUGGUUCCCUGACAUUUUUCCUAUUCUUCCUUUCCUCCUUCCUCUUGCACAGGCACAUAUCAAUCGCCAGGAUGUAGUCUCUCAAUUCAACCCAGUUCGAACGGCAUACUUCAAUAGUACGCCGAUGCAAGUUGGCAAUGGCGAUUUUGCAUUUGGAGUAGACGUUACUGGGUUACAAACUUUUCAGUCCUUUGCCACCAUGUCAAGCUGGGGUUGGCAUAACUUCAGCUUACCUACCGCGCCGGGAGAGAGUAGUGUUGAAGACUUUAGGGGUUUAGAUUGGUGGACACAUGGGAGACUGGUAAACUAUAACCAACCAAACCCAUCACAAAAUCUCAUUUCAAACUGGCUUAUCCAAAAUCCCCAACGAAUCAAUCUUGGACGAAUUGGAUUCUGGUUUGGAGAAGGCGCCAAUCUCACACAAGCCGAUAUAUCUGCCAAAAACCAAACCUUGGAUCUCUAUUCUGGAGUAAUCACAUCCACCUUCAAUGUUUUCGGUUCCGAAGUCUCAGUAAAAACAGCGGUGGAUCCAGCUUCCGACACGGUUGCACUUUCAAUCAAAUCUAAAUUACUAAACGAAGAAAAACUAGGAGUGUUUUUUGACUUCCCAUACCCCAAGUUUGGCAUGAAAUUUGACUAUCCAGACGUUGGCCGGUUUGACAACGUCUCAAGCCACGUUACGACCCUCAAACAGACCAACAACGCGGCUCAAAUCACGCAUACUCUCGAUUCUACAACGUAUUAUACCACAAUCGAGCACCCGGGGUCCAUCAUCUCUGGGCCACUUCCUUCAAGUCAUCGAUAUAUUCUCAAGCCAUCACCCGACAGCAGUGAGCUAGAUCUCACAGUCAACUACAGUCCCACAAAGUUCUCUCCUUCGAACUCUACAGAUGCCCAAUCUAUUCUCAAAUAUGCAGCAAGAGGAUGGAGCUACUACUGGGAGUCCGGCGCCUUUAUCUCUUUACCUACAUCAGUUCCAGAAGCCAAAGAGGUUCUACGACGCACAAUCCUCUCACAAUACCUCCUAGCGGUAAACGGAGCCGGAACGACACCACCUCAGGAGAGCGGUCUCGUCAACAACGGGUGGUACGGAAAGUUCCAUCUCGAAAUGAUAGCCUGGCACCUGACCCACUGGCGACUAUGGAAGAAGCCCGAGUUCUUGAAUAAAUCCGUGCCUGGUCUAUACACGCGAUUCCUACAGACUUCGAAAGACAGAGCGAAAGCACAGGGAUACGCAGGUGCGAAAUGGGGGAAGAUGACUGAUCCCUCAGGAAGUAGUGCGCCGGGUGAAAUCAACAGCUUGUUAAUCUGGCAACAGCCACAUGUUAUGUGGUUUGCAGAGCUCGAAUAUCGUGAUAUGCCAUGUAAUCAAACUCUACAGAAAUGGGACGAGAUACUUCACCAGAGUGCUGAGUAUAUGGCUUCUAUGGCCUGGUAUAACAGUACCACAAAACACUUCGAUCUCGGCCCCCCAAUGUACCCAGUCUCAGAGAACACCAACCCGAACGCUACCAUAAACCCCGUAUUCGAAUUAGCAUACUGGCGCUUCGGUCUCACCGUCGCCUUAAACUGGAAACGGCGACAAGGACAAAACGUCCCACGUACAUGGACAAACGUCCUCAACAACCUAGCUCCCCUCCCAAUCGUUAACGAAACCUACCCCAUCUACGAAGGCGUUCCAGAAAUGUGGAUCGACCCCGUCACGUUCACCGAUCACCCAGCUAUGAUCGGUAUCUACGGUCUCUUACCACCAACUCCAGAUGUAAAUCUGACUAUCGUCGCCAACACCGCGACUAAAAUCUCUGAGAUCUGGGAUUUUGAGAAUCUGUUCGGUUGGGACUUUCCUAUGUUGGCGAUGAAUGCGGCGCGUUUGGGGAGGAGUGAACAGGCGAUUAAGUAUUUGCUAGAUGUGAAUUUCGAUUUCGAUGAUGUGGGAAUGCCUAUUGGAGGACCACGAGUGCCGACGCCGUAUUUCCCUGGGAGCAGUAGUUUGUUGAUGGCGAUUGCUUGUAUGGCUGGGGGAUGGGAUGGCGACGGAGGAAGUCACUUUCCGGAGGGUUGGGAUGUCGAGAGUGAAGGGUUUUGGAGGUGUUUGUAG